UUUUCAAAAGAAAAAAGGACGGAAACAUAUGAGUUUUGGCUUAAAAAAUAAAACAGAAAAUGUUUCUAAAACACAACAAUUAGAUACACCAUCAACGUGUAGCCAUUCUACUGACAAAAACGUCUUAUGGUCUUAACCAAUUAUUUAAUGUUGAGGGUCGACGUUUAGUUGAUAUGGAUUAUGUAUUCAAGCAAAUUGCUGAAAUCAACCAUAAACCAUUUGGUUGUAAUUUUAAUAAUUUACUUUUGGUCGAAGAGCGUAAAACUGGAUUUUUAAGUGAAUUCUUGUUUACAUGUAACAUGUGUCACAGACAUGAGGUUUAUAAAUCCGAAAAUCCGAGUUCGUCUUUAAUGGACGUCAAUACAUCAAUAGUAACGGCAGUUAUAAAUUCAGAGCAAGGUUUUACUCAGCUAGAAACUUUUUCUGCUAUUUUGAAUAUGCAUAGUAUGUACAACAAGUUGUACCAGAAGCUACACAAGGAUGUUCACAAGUUUACUAGUGAAACAGCUUGGGAGGCAAUGUCACUAGCAGCAGAGGAAGAGGCUAAACUGGCAGUUGCAAACGGUGAUGUAAGAGAAGACGGAGUUCCCAUGAUAACUGUCAUAGCUGAUGGUACUUGGUCGAAAAGAAGCUACAAGUCUAAUUACAAUGUUUUGUCUGGAGUUGUAAGAAGAAAUUAUUAA